AAUUUUGAUAAGUUUGUCCAAACAUUUGAAGCUACCUUUAAAAACUCAGAUAAAGUCAGGACAGCUGCAAACAGGAUUCAAAAACUUACCAAUAAUCCAAAUCGGUAUCAAGUUAUGCUUCUGAAUCUUUAUGAUGAUAUAAAAGAUUUGCUUUUUAUAAUAGCAGAUCCUACCUCUAUUGAUGAUGCUAUUAAAAAUGCUGUGAGAUAUACCAACCAAACUCAAGCCCCAGAACCAAUGCAAAUUGAUUUUGUUAGGCCUAAAACUUUAUCUGAAAAAGAGAAAAGACAAUAUCGCAUCAAUAAUCUAAAUAUCCCUACAACCUUGCUAUCUGUUGGAACCGCCGAGGCUUUAAUUUUCACAAUAACAUUACAAUUCCAGAAUAGAACUAGUGUGACAACCAUAGCAUUAUUAGACUCAGGAGCAUCAUCUUGUUUUUUAGACACUUUUCUGGCCCAAAAUUAUUUCAUACCUAUGGUUGAGAAGCCUAUACCUCUUUUAGUUGAGGUAAUUAAUAGAAGAGAAGAUGCUUUUGGGACUGUAACUCAUGAAACAGAACCCCCUGCAGCUUUGGUUACAAAAUCAUCAAGAGAUUAUCUUUUUCAAUUUUAUGUCUUCUCUCCAUUACAAGGUUAUUCCGG